ACACACACACACACACACACACUCACAUAGCAGAGGUGAGAGGCGCGACAUUGUGCGCCGACGCGCCGCGUUCGCGCGUCUACCGCAAUGGGAUAUUUAUCUGUGAGUAUUGUCAGGUGUAUGACUCGUGAAUGAGAAUCGGUCGUGAUCGUGUCGGUGUCGCGCGCGUCUGUGUAUGUGACAUGGGCGAAUCCCGCGGGAUUUUACUGUAACUGUGGAGAUGGAUUCCGCAUUAUUUCACGGAGACAAAGAUGAGGUCCUCGUGGAAGAUGUCGGGCUCCUGUGCGUCAUGAUGCGCGAGCGUCUGCUGUUGGACGAGCCGAUGCACUUCUCCUGGCUGAUGGAGGCUGAGUCGUUCACCUCCUCCAUCCAGACGGCGGGCGCUGGCAUGACCCUUGAACAGAAGACCACCUUUGCCUUUGUCAUCUUCCUCUUUGUCUUCCUCUGUAUGCUGAUCGUCCGCUGCUUCCGCAUUCUGUUGGACCCGUACCGCAGCAUGCCCACCUCCACCUGGGCCGACGGUCUGGACGGUCUGGAAAAGGGACAGUUUGAUAACACGCUGGCGUAAACGGCAUACGUGCCAUAAUGCUGUCAUUGGUGCAUGUGAAUACCAAAAAAAAAUGGUCCCAAAGUUAUACACGAAACAUGACGCUAGAAUACAAUGAUCGUGCACACAAACAAGUUGACCGCAGCUUAGCUCAUACUAGUGAAUAACACACACGUGUACAAAUAGAGCCAGUAAAAUAAGUAUUGAACACGUCACCAUUUUUUUGUAAAUAUAUUUCCAAAUACAUUUAAACCAUGGACGUCCAUAAAUUAAAUUAUGUGUUAUCAUGUUAAAUGACAGAGGGAAAAGUAUUUUACCCAUGAAGAAAAGGAGGUGCAAAAGGCAUGGAAGCCAGGACAGUCAGUAAUAAAAAAGCAAUCCUGCCCCUUUUUAGCGCAAAUAACAACAGUUGGAUCAGUCCCAAUCAAUGGCCUAUAAAACUGUGUUUUUAUUACCAAGAAACAUCUCAUGAUGGGUAAAACAUACCCCAAAAACACAGCCAGGGAAACUCUCAAUUGGAGAGAAUCUGAAAGCCAUCUUCCAUGAUUACACAUAAAUUAAUUAAUGUUCAUCUAUGGUUUGAUUUCUCUGAAUGUGUGGAUUGAAUGGGUUGUUACCAACAUCUGGUGAAUAUUUCAUAUCAAUAGCACUUUUAGAAAUUUGUUAACUGAGAAAAAGGGUGACGUGUUCGAUAUUUAUUUUACCCGCUGUACACACACCUGCCAACAAACCUACACACGCUGUGCUCACUGCCAUCCACAUAUACAAGGUGUUGUUUCAAUGAAAUAGUCUUCUUAUAGAUUGAAUCGAUCCCAGGCUUUUUAUUAGGUAUGGGAUGUGAGCGAGACAGGGUAGCCUUCUUUUAUAUUUCCACAAAAAACAUAACCCUUGAUUCCUCAUAUGUGCUGUUGUUAACUGCCAAGUACAAAUCUCUUUAUAAAAGCAUUUCUAAGCACUUCAUAAACAUUGAUAAUGCUUAGUAUUAAAUAGCUUUAAAAUGUCCACUGUCCAAGUUUACAUGCUUCAUUAUAGAGAGCUACUGUAGUCUUUAGUCUUUAAACAGGAUUUUAAAUGAUAAAAAUGUAUUAAAGGGGUCAUAUUUUGAGAUUUUUUUAGAUGUCAAAUAAGUCUUUGGUGUCGACAGAGUUCUUAUGUGAAGUUUUUGCUCAAAAUACCCCACAGAUAAUUUAUUAUAACAUGUUAAAAUAGCAGCAAGGUGUAAUGUGCCGUUUUUGGUUGUGUCCUUUUAAAUGCAAAUGAGCUGAUGAAGUGCAAACACUGAUCACCAUAAUGGUGGUUUGUUGAAAUUAAAACUCAAUUGUACUGUCAAUCAUUUUCUCUCUCUCUCUCUCUUUGCCUACAAUGCAGUGCUGUGGUUGAAUACUGCAGAUUAAAGUAGCCUGGCGUGCACCUCACAAAUUUUUUUUACAGCGCGUUAGUUCUAUGCGGACCACAAUCGCUGUGAUUGGUCCACCAAAACCCCUCCCGUCAGGUAAAAAACUGCGUCAUAGGUAUCUUCGUUUGCGACAGUGAAAACAAAGAUGAGCCAAGUUGAGGAGUGAUUUAACUCAAGCUGCAACAAAAGUCAUUGUUUAUUUACUUCCAUCAUUGCUGGUCUUCUCAAAUUAUACACAACAAGUUUCUAUUUUUUCUUCGUUUGUGGGUUAACUUGCCAAGCUUCUUCUUCUUUGAGGUUGGGCUGCUACUGUGGUUACACGCGUGGAUACUGCCUACCAGCGGUCUGCCCGCGUGUUUGCACGUCGAUAUGGACAACACCGCAAAAGUAUAAAUAAAAACUGACGCGGAACCUACGGUUAUGUCGCGGUUAUGCCGUAGGACCUUCGCAAAACUAUAACAAGCCCUUAAGGGGUGGUAUUAUUAUAGUAAGAUCCCCUUCUGACAUCACAAGGGGAGCCCAAUUUCAAUGCGCAAUUUUUUCACACACUUGCAAAGAAUGGUUUACCAAAACUAAGUUACUGGGUUAAUUUUUUUUUACAUUUUCAAGGUUAAUAGAAGCACUGGGGACCCAAUUAUAGCACUUAAACAUAGUCAGAUUUGUCAUGAUAUGUCCCCUUUAAAAUAAUAUCAUCUAUUAGAUGAGCUCUGACUGUAUUAUUGGCAUCAUUCACAGACACGUGGAUGAAUGCGUUCAGCCUCAGCACAAUGAAUGAAGUGAUUUACUAACAGGCUGUUGUUUGAAUCUGCCAGAUGAAGGAUCAUGAAGUGAAAGAUUUUACAUGACACGUCUGAUUCACUUUAACAACUGAUGAGGAUCAAUCAGAUGACUUUUGAUAAUGAUUGUGUAAUACUGAAAUGCUCUGUUUCUUAUGUCAUUUACUUUUUUGCACUAAUUCAUCAUUGCUGUGUUAUUUUUGUUUAUGAUGAUGAUGAUGAUGAUGAUGAUGAUGAUCAGUGCUCAUGCGUGUGUGUGUGUUGAGGAUCUGCUGUUGUCUGUGUGUUUAUUUAUUCAUGAUAAAGGACCCUUAGAUCAAUCAGACCUUCAUACUGUUAUAAAAACAACAUCUGGAAUGUAAUAGAGGACAUACUGUACUGUACUGCGCUCACAAGAGUGAUGAGA